CACUACCAAAGAUACCUGUGCUAUCGCCUUAUAUUCCGAUCGUCUGCUCUUCUCGACAUGGAGGAGUCGGCAAUAAACCAGUUAAAUAAGGUCUGCGGCUACGAGUUCACAAGCAAAUUCCAGCGCAUGUUCAAUGACAUCCAGUUGGCGCCAGACCUGAAUUCCAAUUUCCAGCGCCACCUCAGUGAACAUGGCCUCCAGUUCCGGUUCACACCGCACUUUGAUGUCUUAACACUCAGCGCAUGGCCCAUCUCCCUAAAGAAUGCCACCGAAUUCAGUCUGCCCUCGGAUCUCCUCUCUGUGAACACGCAUUUCGAGGAGUUCUACAGGGCGGCUUACAAUGGUCGUCGUCUGCGCUGGGCGCAGUCUCACUCCACAGCUGAGUUGCGCUGUUGCUACACCGACAAACCCUACAUCAUCAGCCUCUCC